CCGCGCCAAGCCAACUUGGCACAAACAAACCAGCAAACAAACCACAAGACACACGACACACACACACAAGAUGGCGAGCAGACCAGGACCACCGCCGCCAGCGCGCAAGCCGGCAAAGCCUGUGCCAGUGGCCCCCAAGCCUGCAUCCAAGCCAGCCCCAGUUGCACCCAAGCCAGGCGCAAGCAAGCCGCCACCUGCUGCGCCACCACCAAAGCCAGCGCCCCCAGCGCCCCCAGCCAGCAAGCCAGCACCUCCGCCCGCACCAGCCAAACCCACAGGGCAGCCACAGCCAAAGCCCAAACCGAAGCCGGCCCCAGCAGCCAAGCCACCCGCCCCAGCAAAGCCAGCAAAGCCCGCACCGCCAGCGGCAAAGCCGGCAAAGCCCGCACCGCCAGCGGCAAAGCCGGCAAAGCCCGCACCGCCAUCGGCAAAGCCGGCAAAGCCGGCAAAGCCAGCGCCGCCAUCCAGCAAGCCCAAUGCACCGGCACAGCCACCGCCCCCAAGCAAGCCAGCCAAGCCCGCACCACCUGCAGCCACCAGUGAAGGAGGCGCACUUCCGCCGCCACCAGACUUCCUGCUCACAGAGUCCUCUCCACCCAUCCUGCCGCGCGAGCCCGUGCCCCUGGCCAGCCCGGCGCCGUCCACACCACUCCAGGGUGCCGACGAGGACAUCUACCAGAACGUGGAGCACCCGCAGAAACCCACGCUCGAGCAGCCGCCGGCAGAGGCGCCGCCACGCCGCCAGAGCUCCAUCAGCACGAAGGCCCCACCCAUUUCUGCACCAACCGCAGCACCGCCUGUCAGAACAACACCCGCUGCCACUGCCGCGCCCACAACGCCGUCUCUGCCGCCCCGCGAGCCAAACCCGGCAGCGGCUGUCCCGCCACAGCCCGUCGACUACGGUGUGCCCGAGCACGAGCUCUACGGCAACAUCGCCCCCGCUGCACCAAGUGCAACAAGCAAGCCAAAGCUCGCUUCAUCCACCCCAUCGUCGGCAGCAUCCACUGCCGCUGCCACGACGCUGCUGCCGCCGGGCGAGGAUGUGUAUCAAAACGAUGACGUGGUGAAGGCAACCUUGGGUGCGGACACCACGGCUGCCACGCCGCCACUCGCCCCACGUGGCCCCGUGCACCAGCAGCAGCCGCAGCAGCCACCCACGACGCUGCUGCCGCCAGACGAGGACCUGUAUCAGAACGAAGAGGUGGUGAAGCAAGUGGUCGGCAGCGAUGCAGCAGCAACAGCAGCAACAGGAGGAGAGGCAACACCAUCCCUCCCUCCUCGCGCACCCGUGCCGCAGCAACAACAGCCCCAGCCCACCACCCCUCUCGCCCCACCCGAAGAGGUCUACACGAACAUCACGCCAGAGAUGGCAGCAGCCACCACAUCCACAUCCACAUCCGCAUCAACACCAUCGCUUCCCCCACGUGCCCCUGUUCCGCAGCAGCAGCAGCAGCCAACACUGCUGCCGGCUGGUGAGGACAUCUACCAGAACAGCGACGUCGCAGCACAGCAUGCAUCUGGAAGCGAGGGCGAGCAAACGCCGUCCCUGCCACCGCGUGCGCCACUGCCACAGCAACAGCCACAACCAACAACGCCUCUCGCACCGCCCGAGGAAGUGUACACCAAUAUCACGCCAGAGAUGGCAGGUGCGACUGCUUCCGACACACCGUCGCUCCCACCCCGCGCACCGCAGCAGCAACAGCCGGCACAACCGACCACGCCGCUUGCGCCACCCGAGGAAGUGUACACCAAUGUCACGCCAGAGAUGGCAGCGAGCAUGGCUGAGGCCAAGCCGUCACUUCCACCACGCGUCCCGCAGCCACAAGAGCAGCCACAACCAACCACACCCCUCGCCCCACCCGAGGAAGUGUACACGAACGUCACCGCUGAUGCGGCAAGCGCUCCAUCUGCAAACCCAACAGCAAACCCAACAGCAAACCCAACAGCAAACCCAACAGCAACACCAACAGCAACGCCAACAGCAACACCAACAGCGGCAGGCGCGACGGCCCAAGCGGGCGAGCAGGCGCUGUAUGGCGUUGCGCCCGAAGACAUGCACGAGGACAUCAAGGAGAUUGUGCAGCACGUGACGGGACAGACCAGGCUGCGCGCCGGGUCGCUGGCUGCGAUGACGAUGGACAGCAUUCGCGAGAACGUCAAGGAGACGGCGGCAACCGGGUGA